GGGUAUCUGCAAUGCCCCCGCGACCUUUCAGCGGGCCAUGAACAUGGCUUUUCAGAACUUCGUACGGAAGACUCGCUUGGCGCAGAGCAUCAUCAACUACUGCGUGAUUGUGUACAUGGAUGACAUCCUUGUCUAUUCGAGUUCCUACGAAGGACACGUGCAACAUAUCGAAUGGGCACUGCAUGCGUUACGAGAUGCAGGCUUCAAGGUGGCGCUGGAGAAAUGUCAGUUUUUUCUCACCACCAUUUCCUUCUUGGGGCACGUGGUGACAGACAAGGGACUCCAACCAGAACCGCAGAAGGUGGCAGCUGUCAGGGACGCGUCAGUGCCUACCACUAUCACGCAACUUCGCGCCUUUCUGGGCCUAGCUUCGUAUUACGGAAGAUUUAUCAAGGGUUUCGCGGCAAUUGCGGGACCCCUCACAAAUCUCCUGCGCAAGGAUCAGCCGUUGAUCUGGAUGCCGGAGUGCGAUCAAGCGUUUUUCAAACUCAAAGCUGCCCUCAUUUCGGCUCCGGUCCUUAUAAGACUGGAUCCCAAAAAGCCUUUUGUUCUAAUCACCGACUGGCAGCCAGAGGCGAUUUCGGCCAUCCUUGCCCAGGUGGGACCAAGCGGAAUUGAAAGAGUGAUAGAGUAUGCGUCCAAAUCAAUGCCCGCCUGCAAACGCAACUACGCCGCUCCGACGGGAGAAUGUUAUGCGGCUCUCUCGGGAAUCAAUCGCUUUCAUGCUUACCUGUACGCACGAAAAUUAACCCUGGUAACUGAUCAUGAGCCCCUGUUGGCUCUGAAGAAAUCGAAGGAUUACUCGGGCAUGAUCGGGCGAUGGGCAACGGUGCUGCAAAGCAUGGACUUUGACAUCCGUCAUCGGAAGCACGAGAGACACGGGAACGCGGACGGAUUGACACGAUUGCACCGGCCAGAGAAAGUUCUGAAGAGUGAGGAGGUGAUUCCGUGGAACGAACCAAAACAGGAGAUCGGGCCUCGGUACGGCCAAUGGACGGGCACUGUUGAGCACCCGACAUGGAUCGAGAGUCCGGAGCUGCUAAUCAUACAAGGUUGGAGGACUAACGCGGAAGCAGAUCUUAUCGGAUUCCUCUUUGGAUCGGUACAACCAGGUCGCCGUCAGUUGAUUGCACAGGAGCUCAUCGCACCGAUUGUGCAAUUGGCGGACGACCUCUCGCCCGACAUCUAUUUUCAGAGUGACAACAGUCCUGCUCCGUACAUUUUCGAGCGAUCCUUGGAUCCGUACCUUCAGUGGACUUCGUGCUUGGAGGAACCUAGGGACGAGGAUACGCUACCAUCGCGGCAGGAGUAUCUGAAGCCGUACGAGAUCAUCCCUUACGCCUUCUACCCGAGGGCAGAAGAAGAGGUGAUCGACGACGACGACGACGAAGACGACGACGAGGAAACAUCGGAGGAGGGAAGCCAUAGUGAACAUAGCGAGGGCGAGCUGAGUGAGGAGGAAGAGAAAGAAGAAGGAACCGGGUCCGAGUGGGAAGCCCCGUCGGCGGAAGCGACGCGUACGGAAACGGAGGCGGAAGAUCCGGAAGCGGCGCGAAAGCGCGAAGAGAUUGCCUCCGGAAAGAGCCAGCUAGAGUCCGCUAGCGAAGCCAGCCUGCGCAUCGGUAGCAAUCCAACCAGGAAGCCAGAGCCGCCGAGGCCCGAAGAUGGCGGCCCUGCAGCCGCCACCUCGAGUACCGCGCGACGGAGACGGCGCCGAUCCCCCUCCUCCUCCAGCCCCACCCGUCCCCCAGUUCGCCCACGUACCGAUGAGGGCGAUAGGCCUUCGUCCUCGGACGUUGUCCCGCCGGCCCCUUGAUUUCCUCACCCUCAAGCAGAUCCGUACCCCGUCACCUUCCCUUCCCACCCUUUCCAUCCCCAUAUCUUCCGUGACUUCUACUCUACCCGUU